UCGGAACCAACGCGUCUCCUAUCAUUUUACACUAAGUCUUGCUGACUAACGCAAGUGAACGCGUUUUUUUUUUAAUAUUACGAUUUUUUUUUGCGUUUCGUAAUUUUGCUUUUAAUUUUCUUUUGCGUCAAGGAUUUGUGUUUGUGAUUUAUUUUAUUAUUUGGAAUAAUGUUCGCUAAAGUUAUGGCGAAGAACACGAUAGCUUGCAUCCUUGUGUUGGUGUGCCUGGCGAUGCUCGUCCGGGAAUCGAACGCGCGACCUCCGUGGCUGGCGCCCGGCAGCGGGGUCUUCACUGAGUCAGCUGAAUGUCACACAGACGACGAACUCCUAGACCUGUGCCAGCGCUGCGCUAAACUCACAAAAGCCAGGAUGGCGUACCCGGCGUGCUGCUCCACCGACCUCCAAGCUCGGAAGUGGUGUAGUGACUAUGUGUACUUUGGGAGGGGGCAGUUCGACUUCUACUAAUACAUGUACAUAGGUGCUAAGUAUUCUGCGUAUGUUUCAAGUAACUCGUUGAAAUGACUGCGGUUGAGGCUGAAUUUGAAUUUUGAAAAAUUUUGGAUGAAUUUUGGGUUGAUGUCGGCCGGUGGAUCAAUCUUCAAUACACAAAAACUGCUCAAUUUGGAAGUCUUUUAAAUGUGAAUACUACAUGAAUAUGUAAAGUUUGUCUUUCAAUUGAUUUUUGAUGUGUAUCAGGACGAAUAGUAACUGUUGUGUAACCAAAUUAAUUGUUCUCUUUCACCUAAUGAAUUAAUGAAGUACUUAGAAAAAGAAUGCGGUCAACAUUUUGUAAAAAGAGACCUAGACCUAUAUUUUUUGCGAGUUGAACUCACUUUACAGAGGUUUUUCUGUAAAAAUUGUCUAAAGAUUAACGAAUCGUUUGGAUAACAACUUUUUUAUAGCGUGGUUUCCGUUGUUACCCUUGUUGAACCCUGACAAAUUAUUUAAAAUGCUUUUACAAAGUCAAUCCAAAUUACAUUUAACUCAAUUUGAACAACUUCUUUCAAGUCAUAACAACUUCAGUUACUGUCAUGUAAUUAAGUAUGUAUAAAUACUUAUACAUUAAAACGUAGUUAUUUCUAUAACGAAAUGUAUAUAAUUAUAUUUUUAAGUUACAUAUAAGUUCAUGAAAGCAUUUAAUCUUGCCAAUUGGCUGUUCACUCGCCUUUCGAAAAUGACUACUGACAUAUUCUCGAUUUGAAAUAAUCUGCCAUUGUGGAAAAGAGAUAUCGUUCUAUGAUAUAUUGCUAUCUCACAUUUUUAAUGAAAACUAUUCUAGUUUUAGGCCUUAACCUAAAAACUGUUAAAAUCAAAGAAUAUGUCAAAGUUUGAAAACUUGCAUAUUACUCAUAAUUGUUUAUAUGUUCACUUGUUUUCACAAUUUAAUUAAUGAACCGUGAGAUAAAUAAUUAAACAAAUCGAACUAAUUAUCUAACAUAGUACUUGCCAGUAGUCACUGUACAGAACACUGAUUAAUCAAUUAAUUAUCUUUAUUCAAUUAAACUAAUGAGCAACCUUUGAUCAUCUUCGCAUAAUAUUAUAAACUUAGAAAUAAACGAAGUAAUAAUUAUAAUUAAAUAAAUUAUAAUUUCACAUUUACAUAAAUAUCAUGAAAAUUCAUAAAUUGAAAAAAAAAUGAAACUAUAUUCGUUUCAAAAGGAGCUGUGAUAUAAAAAAAAUAUUGUAAAUACUUAUUUAGUAACUUAAUUUUUA